AUGACAGAGACGCUUGAUGCCCUCGCAAUGAUCACUAAAGCAGACGUUUCAUCAGACAAAGUUGUUGUUGGGUUGAGGAAUUACGGAAGGCAAAAGUCAGGAGCCACGCCGGGUCGUUGUACAAAAACGGCCGGUCUGCUUGCAGAUGCAGAAAUCUACGAGAUCAUCGACAAAGAUAGUACUGCACAGUACUGGUAUGAUGAAGAUAGCAGCAGCAACAUUCUGGUCUACGAUUCUGUACAGUGGGUUGCCUACAUGAAUUCUACCUUGCGAGACUCGCGCACUUCUCUUUACAAGGAGAAAAACAUGGGAGGCGUGGUUGAAUGGGCCAUCGACUUGGAAGAGUUCGAGAGCACCCCAACUACCUCGCUCCCAACCUCAACUCCACCUGCGGUUUCCAUUUCUGCAUCUCCCACUGCUGGUAUUGACGGAGCAAUUAAUCCCUAUCUCUACACUUGUACAAAUGAGCAGAAAAAGCUGGUUACACCAGCAUGGGAGGAAGCCGACCAACUUGCAAAGGGGAAUUACGAGUGGCGGCCGGGUGGCAAAUGGCAAGAUGCCAUGACCCUUUAUCUAGGAUCAAAACCCAAGGAUGAUUAUAGUUGGGUUACUGGAAAAGGACACCUGAUGAAGAACAUUGAAAGGGAAUUCUUGAUACAUGAGGGCUGGUGGACACAGCCCCCUGCCUUUACUUACGGUUACUACCAAGCUAAGGACGUUGUCGAUUUGGCUGUUAAAGAUCAAACCAAAGCCAGUAACAACGCAGAAUCCUACGCACAGGCCGCUAUGGCCAUAUAUCUCCAGCAAGCAUUUCACCUUAGCAGUCCUCCCACUCCAGCGGGGUACGGUACUAGCUCAGACUCAUCUGUGUCGAUUGCUGGAACAGAGAUUUUGGAAACUUAUCUCGACGCCCCUCCAAGUUGGUGGGAGGCACCUGUUGCCAACACCUCAAAAACGUUCAAACCGGACAUGACCGAUAUUACGAUGAUGUCAGGUGUCGGAUCUCUAACAGGUGGCGGGCCCUUCCCGUCUUGUGUUGACGGUUUAUACGAGGAUAUGGAGCAGUCGGCUGUGUGA